AUAGUCUCUUGUCUGUGAGCUGAUGAAUGCUGAAGAGGUGAAGGGUCAGAGUUGAAUGUUUGACAGAAAGCUGAAUAUGGAUUCCAUAUUUCAUGAGAAACAAGAAGGCUCCCUGUGUGCCCAGCACUGCCUGAACAACCUCCUCCAGGGGGAGUACUUCACCCCUGUGGAUCUGUCCUCCAUUGCUCAUCAGCUGGAUGAAGAGGAGAGGAUGAGGAUGGCAGAGGGGGGCAUGGCCAGUGAGGAGUAUAGGACAUUCUUACAGCAACCCUCAGGGAACAUGGAUGACAGUGGAUUCUUUUCAAUACAAGUUAUUAGCAAUGCUCUCCGGGUGUGGGGGUUGGAGCUCAUCCUCUUUAACAGUCGAGAGUACCAGAGGCUGAUGAUAAACCCGAUAAAUGAGAAAGCCUUCAUUUGCAACUAUAAGGAACACUGGUUUACUAUACGCAAACUGGGACAGCAGUGGUUCAACCUGAAUUCAUUGCUGACUGGACCUGAGUUGAUAUCAGACACGUAUUUAGCACUUUUCCUUGCACAGCUGCAACAGGAAGGUUAUUCCAUCUUUGUAAUCCGAGGAAAUCUCCCAGAGUGUGAGGCAGAGCAGAUUCUUGGGAUCAUGAGGGUCCAUCAGCAGCAGCGGCCCAGACUCAUUGGAGAAGACGAAGCCCAGACCAGUAUGGGCAGGACGACAGCCUCUCAGGCACAGACAGAUGUGGGUUUUGCUGUUGAGGAUGAGGAUGAAGAAUUAAAGAAAGCUCUGGCUCUCAGCAGACAAGACAUGGAUGUGGAAGAUGAAGAGGCUGAUGUUCGGAGAGCCAUACAGCUCAGCAUGCAAGGAGCAGUGAUGAGCAACAGGUCCUCAGAAGGUGAGGUGGCAGGUGUGAAAUCGGUUCGCACCAAUGAUGGACCCAAAGAAGGCCAAAGCGAUGCACUUACAGCCGAGGAGCUGAGGAAGAGGAGACAGGCCUACUUUGAUAGACAGCAACAACAAGCUCAGCCAAGCAUUCCCCAACAGCUAGACACACAACCAACCGAUGGGUCAGGAACAGCAAACACCGCCUCUGAGGAAGAACAACAGCAAAAGUCCAGCCAGUGAAGUUGUGGAAAGUUUGCGUUGUUUACCAGUGGCUUGGAUUGGAACCCCCUGACUGGGGUAUCUUUGCUCCCUCCUCUAACCUUUUGCAUAUGCAAACACAAGGACGUAAGGACAUGGUUUCCUGUGUUAGUUCACUGACCGACCAUAGAGAAGAGAAGAACGCCGAUGAAGAGGCAGCACUAUGUGAAGCGCUCAGAGAGUGGGGGAAAGGGGUCACCUUUGCUCAAGAGGACUCAUGAUGCAGUAAAUUCAAGAUUGCAAAUUGCCUUUUUUACCAUGGCGCCUUCUUUUCUAUUCUAUACAGUUUGGUUGGUUGUUUGUUUUUUAUUCCAGUUCUUUUGUUUUUUUAGAAAGACCUAGAAAGACAAAAAAAAAAAAAACAUGCAUUGGGUAUGUGUAGGAGGUAAAAAAGAUGAGCUAGGCAUUCUAUGAAAGCCAUGUGA